AUGUUCUUCCUGCUUUUCUUCUUUCUUCUCCUGCACCUACCAGUAUUUGUAGGCAGAGAGGAAAGGAUCCCCUGCUGCCUACAAAUGACUUUCAGCUCCUCAUCCUACAAAGAUGGGGAUCUUAUUCUUGGAGGAUUUUUUCCUCUAUUUAUGUAUAAAUUCAGCCAAUAUACAACUUGGAAGAUGUUUCAGAGGCACCCUCAGUAUAUUUUAAAAGGUUAUCUGAGGCUGCCUAAACACUACUAUCAGGUCCUGGCCUUAAUGUUUGCUGUAGAAGAGAUCAACAAGAACCCUAAUCUGCUACCCAAUGUGACUCUGGGAUUCCACAUCUACAAUGUCUGUCACAAUGAUGAGGGGACCUUGGAGAGUUCCCUAAUGUGGCUUUCGGGCAAGGGACCGACCAUUCCUAAUUACAACUGUGAGAGGCAGGACAAGUCUGUGGUGGUCAUUGGAGGAGGCACUUCUGAAAUGACUGUUUCCAUGGGAACCCUACUUGAGCUCUAUAAGUUCCCUCAGGUCACCUAUGGUCUCUUUGAUCCACUGUUGAGUGACCCAGUCCAGUUUCCUUCUGUCUAUCAAAUGGCCCCCAGGGACACCUCUCUUCCUCUUGCCAUGGUUCGAUUAAUGUUGUAUUUCAAAUGGACCUGGGUGGGAUUGGUUGCCUCAGAUGAUUCAAGAAGUGAGAAAUUCCUCAGGGACCUUCAAGAAGAAAUGGUCAGAAAUGAUGUCUGUGUAGCGUUUAUGUUGAAAUUUGCAACUGGUGACAAAAUGAGUAUUCCUUCAUUUGACAAUUUUUUGCAGAAAAUAUAUUCUUCUACAGCCAAGAUAAUUGUCAUUUAUAUAGAUUCAGAUUCAUUCCAAAGCCAGGUGUUUGAUAGUGAUGCUCAUAAACAUAUUCUUAUACACAAAAUGUGGAUCACCAACAGUUAUUGGAAUAUUGCUAGAAGUCCUAGUCGCAUCUAUUCUAACAAUUUCCAUGGGGCUCUGAUAUUUUCAGAUCAGACAAGUAAGACUUUUGGGUUCAAACCUUUUCUGAAACCCAUUAACCCUGCCAAAUACCCAGAGGAUAUCCUCCAUCAGAACUUGUGGGACUCAGUUUUUAAAUGUACUUCUAAUAAGAAAAAGGGAGUUGGAGAUGUCUGUUCUACAAAUGUUUCCUUGGAUGAAUCCCAUUGGAGCUAUUUAGAUAUGACUAUGUCUGACCAGAGUUACACUGUCUACAAAGCUGUGUAUGCAGUAGCCUGGGCCCUUCAUGAAAUGUUUUUGAGGAGAUCAGAAAUGGAAUCCAAUAUACAAGAAGACACCUGGGCAACUUACCCAAGGAAGCUCCACUCCUUUCUAAAGAAUAUCCAAUUUAACAACAGUGAUGGGAAACAGAGACAGAACUCUAUGGCAAACUACGAUAUUCUCAACCAUGUGACCUUUGCUAAUAAAACUGAAGUUCUGGUGAAAGUGGGAGAGUUUAUUCAUCAGGCUCCCCUUGGCCAAGAUUUCACCAUCCACGAGAAGGCAAUGGUGUGGCCCAAGUCAUGGGGAAAGCUUCUUCCCUCCAGAUGUAGUCCAAUCUGUGGCCCAGGAUUCAGGAUAAAAGCCCAGGAGGGAAAACCAAUUUGCUGUUUUGACUGUGUCCCUUGCCCACAGGGGCAGAUUUCCAACAAGACAGGUAAGGAUCAAUGCAUGAAAUGCUCUGAAGAUCAAUAUCCAAAUAGGGAGAAGAUUCACUGCCUCCCCAAAGGGGUGACUUUUCUGGCCUAUGAAGAUCCGUUGGGGAUGACCUUGACCUCCACAGCUGUUUGCUUCUCACUCCUCACAGCUCUGGUUCUCUGGGUCUUUGUGAAGCACAAAGAUACCCCUAUUGUCAAAGCCAACAAUCGGGAUCUCACCUACAUUCUCCUUUUCUCCCUUUCCCUUUGUUUCCUUUGCUUCCUGCUCUUCAUUGGCCCUCCCAAUACAAUAAAUUGUCUCCUCAGACAAACAACAUUUGGAGUCAUGUUCACGGUGGCCAUCUCCUCUAUUCUGGCCAAAACCAUCACUGUGGUUCUGGCCUUCAGAGCCACAAGACCAGGCAGUAGGAGCAGGAGAUGGAUGGGAUCCAGAGCACCUAUUUGUCUCAUUCUCUUUUGCACCUUCAUUCAAGCCAUGCUCUGUGCAAUCUGGCUGCUGCUCUCUCCCCCAUUCCCAGAUGCAGACACACACUCUGACCCUGAGCACAUCAUCCUUGAGUGCAAUGAGGGCUCUCUCAUUGCCUUCUACUCUGUCCUGGGCUACAUAGCAUUUUUGGCCCUGGGGAGCUUCACUGUGGCUUUUUUGGCCAGAAAUCUCCCUGAUACCUUCAAUGAAGCCAAGUUCAUCACCUUCAGCAUGCUUGUGUUCUGCAGUGUCUGGAUCUCCUUCCUGCCCACAUACCAGAGCACCAAGGGGAAGAUGAUGGUGGCUGUGGAGGUCUUCUCCAUCUUGAGUUCCAGUGCUGGCUUACUAGGCUGCAUCUUCAUCCCCAAAUGCUAUGUAAUCCUUCUACAGCCACAGAGGAACACCAAAGAAAAUUUAAAGAAUAAUCCCAAUAGUUGA